GAACCGGGAAGGCCGCGCUACGGAAGCCGGGAAGGCAGCGCUUGCCCGCCCAGCCUGGUAGGUGAGCGCGCAACGCCCCCUCCGGCCGCCGGGCGCUUCGUCAGCGCUGCCAGCGUGGAGCCGGCGGAGGCGAAGGCGGAAGCGCCCGGAGGAGAAGGAGGGCCGCCCGGAGCUUCCCCCGCUGCCGCCUGCGGAACCGGCGACCAUGGAGAGCUCCUUGGAGAAGGUCGGCGCUAGCUCUGAGGGGGGUCAGAGUUGGGUUGCCAAGCUCCAGGGGCCGGCUGGAGAGCCUGCAAGGGGCAGAGACCCGCUCCAAGGGCCGAGUUGGAAGAUGGUUGACCCGACCUUAGCGGAAAUGGGGAAGAAUCUCAACGAGGCCAUGAAGAUGCUGGAAGACAGUCAGAGGAAAGCUGAGGAAGAAAAUGAGAAGAAGUAUACAAGGAAAGAUAUUCCUGGCCCACUUCAAGGAAGCGGGCAAGAUAUGGUGAGCAUUCUCCAGCUAGUGCAGAAUCUUAUGCACGGGGACGAAGAGGAGGAAUCUCUGCAGUCUUACAGACUGCAAAAUGUGGGCGAGCAGGGCCACAUGGCGUUGCUAGGACACAGCCUGGCUGCGUAUAUUUCCGUGCUGGACAGAGAGAGACUAAGGAAACUGACCACCAGAAUCCUUUCCGAUACAACCCUCUGGCUCUGCCGGCUCUUCAGGUUUGAAAAUGGGUCGGCGUACUUCCACGAAGACCGUCGGGAGGGCCUCUUGAAAGUCUGCCGGCUCGUGAUCCAUUCUCGCUACGAAGACUACACAGCUGAAGGUUUCAACGUGCUGUGUAGCAAGCUGCCGAUGAUCUACAUCAGUUCUGCCGCCAGAGAGGGACUGGGCCAGUCGCUUUGCAACCAGCUCGGAUUGCCCCUUUCCUGCUUGUGCCGGGUGCCGUGCAAUACUAUGUUCGGGUCUCAGCAUCAGAUGGAUGUCGCUUUUCUGGAUAGGCUGAUUAAAGACGACGCUGAGGCUGGAAAGCUGCCCAUCUUGCUUGUGGCCAAUGCUGGCACGCCAGGAGCAGGGCAUACCGACAAACUUGGGCGUUUGAAAGAACUCUGUGAACAGCACGGCAUGUGGCUCCACGUCGAAGGGGUGAAUUUGGCUACGUUGGCCUUAGGUUAUGUCUCUUCAUCGGUUCUGGCAGCGACCAAAUGCGACAGCAUGACCCUGACGCUGGGACCUUGGUUAGGUCUCCCUGCAGUGCCUGCCGUGACCCUGUACAGACACGAGGAUCCCUCUUUGUCCUUGGCUGCUGGUCUGACUUCCAGCCAAGCGGUAGAGAAGCUCCGUGCCUUGCCUCUGUGGCUGUCUUUGCAAUACCUCGGACACGACGGGAUUGUGGAGAGAAUAAAACAUGCAUCUCAGUUGAGUCAGCGGCUACUGGAAAACCUGAAGAACCAGGAUUUUAUUAAAACCUCAGUUGAAGAUGAACUUGGCUCUCCCGUGGUGGUCUUCCGCUUUUCCCCUGAGCUUCCACAUUUAGAUAAACUAUUACGCGCCGGCCAGGGUCCUAUGAUAGCCGGCAACGAGAGAUACGUUUGCGAUACUUUUAAUCAAUGGCUGGGGGAUCAGCUGGCACAGUUAGUGCCGGCCAGCGGAGUUGACGUGGUGGAACUUGAAGAUGAAGGCACUUGCGUCCGCUUCAGCCCCUUAAUGACUUCUGCAGUUUUAGGAACCGAAGUGCAAGAUGUUGACCAGUUGGUGGACUGCUUGAAAAUGAAGGUCCCGGUGUUGACUUGCACGCUCCAGCUGCGAGAGGAGUUUGAGCAAGAAGUGAAAAGGACGGUCGGGCUGUCCUACGUGGAGGAUAUCAGCUGGCCGGGACUUGGAGUGCUUAGGUAUGAAGGGCAGAACGAAGACAAGCAGGAAGAGAAAGAAAUGGAGAAGAUCACCCUGGGGCUCCUGAGAAAGUUGAACGAACUGGAGUCGGAUCUGUCCUUUUCUUUAGGUCCUGAAUUUGGAGGGGAGAAGAACUGUAUAUACAUCGGGAUGGUGACAGAAGAUCUAGACGUGUCCGAGCUGGUUGAGACGAUUGCAGCGACGGGCCGAGAGAUCGAAGAAAAUUCCAGACUGUUGGAAAACAUGACGGAAAUCGUGCGCAAAGGGAUCCAGGAAGCUCAGGUGCAGCUGCAGAAAGCGAAUGAGGAAAGGCUCCUUGAAGAGGGGCUGCUCCGGCAGAUUCCGGUUGUGGGUUCUGUGCUGAACUGGUUCUCUCCGUUUCACGCUUCAACGAAGGGAAGAACGUUUGACUUAACGGCAGGUUCUCUUGAAUCGACUGAGCCCACUUACGUGUCCAAAGUACAGGGGACAGGGGUCACCCCACCUCCAACUCCCACAUCCAGCCGGGCAAAGCAAAGGUUCCCUGGUCAAAAGCUGUUUAAAAGGUCUGCGAGGGGCUCUGAUGGGUUCAGUGAGACCAGUUCCGUGAGCCACACUGAUGACUUGGUCAGAGAGCCACAACCGGGCGCGUCUCCUGCGGGGCAAGAGAACCAUGAGCUGCCGGAAGGGGGCGUGCACCUAGCCGAGGAAGCUGCUGAAAACUCCACAGGGGAAGCGGCCCAGACUCUACGGAACAACGGCACUAAAUCAGAAGAACCGGAGAGUCUCAGAUAAGGAUCCAAGCCCUGGGCAUGAGGACUUUGUACAGAAAACACAAUGCAUUCCCUCUAGAGCAGGGAAAUCUCACGACGCAUUUAAAAAUGUGAAGUGUCACAGUGUGUACGGUAAUAACUACUGUUACUUGUGAUUUACUGGAGAUUUUGCACAGAUUUUAGCGGAAGGAGCUCCUCUCCCCUUGGUUUUUCUCUGUCCCCUCACUGUUUGGGUGAUGGCCUACGGUAGUUCCCUGCACUGGUCGCAGUGGCUCUUCAUCCUACACUUGUCUGUAUUUCCAAGAUUUAGACUACCGGGCACAUCACACCGGCUUCUGACUCGUUACCCUUCCGUACCACGCCGCCUGCAAAUGAGAAUUCCAGCAGGUCUCCAGGUGAUAUUUUUGCUGAUAGUUUUUUGUUCUAAUCUUUUUCCAGCCAAAUGAUCUGUGGCACUCGGUGCUGUUUUGAUUUUUUGUAAAACGAAUCCAUUGUCUAAUUAUACGAAACACGCCUAUCGGUUGCUCACAGUCUGUUAUUAAAUUACAACACACAUCUCGUCACCUGCUCAGCUUUUAACCUCCCGUUUUGUGUUCCGAGCCCUCGUUGAAGUUGCUGUUCAAUAUUGUAAAUAGGAACCAGAUUAUUAGUUUGUCGAUAGACCCUUAUUUGGAGAGACGAACAUAAAGCGCAAACUAAAUUCAGGUCUUCCGUGUGGUUUCUUUGGUGGGGUUGACUGCAUUGAACUCUGGCGCUGAGAGAAAAGUCGGGACCGUGAGGGGGUGAAGUUAAAAUUGUGAGUGCAAAAAUGUACACGCUUUUACAACUGAAAUGGUUUCGGCCGGUAGUUUUGCUGGAAAUAAGUACUGACUAUAGAUGCUUCCCAACUGCUAUGGUGGCUUUUGGCAGCCGUGUCUCGGUAGUCAGCCUUGAUUACUUCGUAUGCAAACAAAUUUUGAGAAGCUUUGUUAAGAUUCUGUACUUUUCUGAUGAAAUAAAAUCUUUUCUUUUAAAGUGAAAAAA